AGAACUGGUGAACUAGAAAAGGAUUUGGGAUUUGAUACGAUGAAGCUUGGUGCAAGGCUUAUUGCUCUUAUACUUGUGCUCUCUUUUACGAUUGUAUUGACGAAAGCGGAAGUCAUUACAUUGACCCCUGAAACUUUCUCCGACAAGGUGAAGGAGAAGGAUACUGCUUGGUUUGUUAAGUUCUGUGUUCCUUGGUGUAAGCACUGCAAGAAACUGGGGAACUUAUGGGAAGAAUUAGGAAACGCAAUGGAAGGUGACGAUGAGAUUGAGAUUGGUGAAGUAGAUUGUGGUAAAAGCAGAGAUGUUUGCACCAAAGUUGAGAUUCAUUCGUAUCCAACGUUUAAGCUAUUUUACAAUGGAGAAGAAGUUUCCAAAUACCAAGGUAAAAGAGACGUUGAAUCGCUCAAGACGUUUGUCGUAGAGGAAACUGAAAAGGCAGCAGAGAAAGCACAGCUUGAAGACAAGGAACUGUGAUUCAUUCCCUUUGCUUUUCAGUUUUGCUUAUGCUGUUGUGAGUUUCACCACUUAGUUAGAUAGGCAUGGUGGCGGAAUAGAUCUUGGAGAAGUAACUUUUGAUUUAUAUGCUUUACAAACCCAUACUGGUUUCAGUUUUAGUACGAGACAAAGAUCAUUACACUAUUCUGUUGUAUGUUCGUUUACGAGCAAUUGCAUUUGUGCUUUGAAAUUUUAUCUGGUGGAUACCAUAAGACAUUCUCAAACCUUGACGUCACGAUUAAUAUUGAGAUAGACUCCAGAGUGUUAUCUUGUAUUGGAGCCUCUCAGUUUCAUGCUAACACAGCCUACAUAUGAGGAAUGCCAA